AUGGCGGCGCAGAUGCUGGCCGUGACGAUGUCGAAGGUUACGUCUGCUGACAUGAUGUUCGUUGAUAGUGGUGUUGUUGUUGUUGGGCUGCUCAGUGGCGGCAACGAAGGCCGUUAUGCUGGUGUCGACAUGGUGGUCUUGUAUGUUGUUGAUGCUCUGCCUCCCUCUUCCAAUGUGGCACUGUUCUUUGAAUCUGUUGCUUGUGGUAUUGGCUCCAAAUAG